UGGUACUUAGCUGAGUUUAGUAAGCCAGAGAAAAGCCUCGACUAGAAGCAAUGAAACACACCCCUAACUAGAACCAACCGCAUUAAUACUCCCAACAUAACUUAGAAUCCAAAACACACACACACUCUCUCUCUCACCAUCUCUCUCUUUCACAAGAAUUAUGGAAAUGCCACCAGCACAGCUGUACCAUUGUGUUUGAAUUAAACACGAUUUUGGUUGAGAUUGGAGGAUUGUCAAUUCAAGACAUAACUCCAAAACCAGAAACCAAAAAAAAAAUCACUGAUGGAUAAGUAUAACUGUGGCCUACGAAUAUUUUGAACUGUUUUUUUAGAUAUAUUGGUACAUAUAUCUUUGUAUAUAUAAUUGGAGGUCUAUAGGGUGGAAGAGUGAAUAUCAUUAGAGAAGAAAGGAAAAAAGGCUUUAGAUCCAUCAAAACAGAAGACUCCCUUGUCCUUCUUUGCUCAUAUUUCCUAAUUUCUCUCAUGGAGAGACAAAUUCACGGAAUGGUUGAAAAGAAAACAAGUGAAGAUGAAAGAAUUUGUUUUCCAGGGAAAAUGGGUGCUCCCUUGUUUGGUUGGCCUUGGGACAAUUUGGGUUCUUACAAGUAUUUGUUAUAUGGACCAUUUAUUGCAAAACUACUAAAUUCAAGGAUUUGGGAGGACACCCACAAGGAUGAUAGUUGGUGUCUGCAUGUUCUCAUCAUAUGUGCACUCAGAGGCCUUGUUCAUCAGCUAUGGAGCUCUUAUCACCAUAUGCUUUUCCUCAACCGCAAUCGUCGUGUGUCUCAAUCCGGCAUAGAUUUCAAGCAAAUCGACCGGGAAUGGAACUGGGACAAUUUCAUAAUCCUUCAAGCUUUUGUGGCUACAAUGGCCUAUUUUAGCUUCCCUUCCCUAGCUAAUCUCCCUAUGUGGAACACAAAGGGGAUUAUAUGCUGUCUAAUAUUGCACGUGGUACUCUCAGAGCCACUAUAUUAUUGGAUACACAGAAUUUUGCAUACUCAGUAUCUUUAUAAACAUUACCAUUGGCUACACCAUGCCUCUAAGGUCACACAUCCCUUUACAGCUGGGCAUGCAACAUUUUUGGAACAUUUAAUACUCUCUGCAAUUGUAGUUGUGCCUACCCUUGGGACCACCUUGAUUGGAUAUGGAUCCAUAAGCAUGUUCUACAGCUAUGUUUUGAUCUUUGAUUUUCUAAGAUGUUUGGGACACAGCAAUGUUGAAAUCAUUCCUCAUCGUCUGUUCGAAACCUUCCCAUUUCUUCGAUAUCUCAUCUAUACACCAACUUACCACAGCUUACACCACAUGAAUAUGGGUACCAAUCUCUGCCUUUUUAUGCCUCUCUAUGAUGCACUGGGGAAGACGGUGAACAACCGCUCUUGGGACCUUCACAAAGAAAUAAGUUCAGCUGCCAGCAAAAAUGGAAGAGCACCCGAUUUUGUGUUCCUUGCACAUGUUGUGGACGUAAUGCAAGCGAUGCAUGUUCCCUUCUUGUUUCGAUCAUUUAGUUCCAUGCCAUUCACGACAGCGCUCUUCUUAUUUCCGAUGUGGCCUUUCACUUUCUUGGUGAUGCUCGUCAUGUGGGCGAAGUCCAAGACUUUCUUGAUCACUUUUUUCAAUCUUAGAGGAAGGCUGUACCAGACAUGGACUGUUCCCAGGUUUGGCUUUCAGUUUUUCUUGCCAUUUGCAAUGGAAGGCAUUAAUAAGCAAAUUGAAGAAGCAAUCAUCAAGGCAGAUAGAAUUGGUGUUAAGGUCCUAAGCCUUGCUGCAUUGAAUAAGAAUGAAGGUCUAAAUGGAGGUGGAACGCUAUAUGUUAACAAGCAUCCCAACCUUAGAGUCCGAGUGGUCCAUGGAAACACACUGACUGCUGCUGUGAUUCUUAAUGAGAUUCCUCGAGAUGUAGAAGAGGUCUUCUUGGCCGGAGCUACUUCGAAGCUCGGAAGGGCCAUUGCCCUCUACCUAGCUGGUCGAAGGGUCAGGGUCCUGAUGUUAACACAAUCAACCGAACGAUUCAUGAGUAUUCAAAAAGAAGCCCCAUUGGAUUGCCAAAAGUUUCUAGUUCACGUGACAAAGUAUCAAUCAGCUAAACACUGUAAGACAUGGAUUAUUGGUAGAUGGACUACACCACUUGACCAAAAUUGGGCUCCACCAGGAACACACUUCCAUCAGUUUGUGGUUCCACCUAUCAUUAGCUUCCGGGGAGACUGCACGUAUGGUAAGCUCGCCGCCAUGAAACUCCCUGAGGAUGUCGAGGGGCUAGGAUCAUGUGAGUUCAUGCGUGUCACGCGGGUGGAGUUGUUCAUCUUCUUGAAGGCUGGACACACCAUGAGGUUGGGGCUAUUGAUGUUGACCAGAUUGAUGUUGUGUGGAAAGCUGCAUUAAAGCAUGGUUUCAAGC